ACUCGCCGCGCCUUGAUAAUUCAUUUCGCUUUUAUCAUGUCUUCUGGUAAAAUCUCCGACGACGCGGAAACGACAACGACGAUGCCCAGUAAUCCCGGGCCUUCGACAAAUAAGAGAUACGUAAAAAUCCAAAAAAGUGAUACAACUAAUGAUUACAGUAAAAAUGUGAGCAAUAAACGUUUUCAAAAUGAUUUUAAGGAAAUUAGUUUUUUGGGAGAAGGAGGAUUUGGUAUAGUCUUUAAAGCCAAACACAAAAUUGAUGAUUACAAUUAUGCUGUUAAAAGAAUUGAUAUAUCAAACAACCAAUAUUCAAAAAAACGUGUCAGGGAGGAGGUAAAAGCGUUAGCUAAUUUGAAUCAUCCUAAUAUUGUAAGGUAUUGUAGCACUUGGUUAGAAUGCCUUUCUAGUAGAGGGCAGGAAGAGAAGGAUCAAGAAUGGAUUAAUAAAUUGAGAGGUUCAACUGAAUUUCUUUCGGAAGGAACUCAAACUGAAACCAAAACUAAUUUUGUGUACAAUAAUGUUUUACAAACUGAUUAUUCUUCAUUAAGAAGGAGAUGUGAAAAUUUAAAAUUGGAUAACGCAGAUAUUAAUAUAAAAAAAAAUCGUAAACGCAAAACGUCAUUUACGUCAGGCGUAAGUAAGAAGUUUCAAAAGUCGGUCAAAAUGUUCUUAUACAUACAAAUGGAGCUGUGCCAAAAACGCACUUUGGAAGAGUGGCUCCAGAACGAAUCAAAAAGAGAUUUUCAUUGGAUAUUAAAUAUUUUUGAUCAAAUGGUAAACGCUGUGGAGUAUAUACAUUUGAACAAUUUAAUUCAUCGAGAUUUAAAACCAUCGAACAUAUUUUUCGAUUGCAACGAUCAGAAUAAAAUAAAAAUCGGUGAUUUUGGUCUUGUAACCGCGAUCACUGAAGGUUAUGAUGAAGCUCACACACACACAUCCGCAGCUAAAAAUAAGAAUGCUUCUUUUAAAAACAACGUAUAUACCGCAGGUGUCGGCACACACCUUUAUAUGGCACCUGAACAAAGGAACAAACAAAAUUACAACUGUAAAGUGGAUAUUUAUUCAUUAGGAGUAAUCCUCUUUGAGCUUCUUACACCAUUUUCUACUAAAAAAGAAAGAGAAAAAAUGCUAACGGACCUGCAACUAUUAAAGUUUCCGAAAAAUUUUGCGGAAGUGGAUUGGUUUAUAUUUGAUAAUAUAAUACCUGAGAUUAAAAGUGACUUGCAAGAAUUUCUCAAAUCGAUGUUAAAUAAGAAUCCCGAUAGACGACUUUCAGCCUUAGAUAUUAAAGCACAAAGUUUUUUACGCUAUUUGAAAUAUAUAAUGUUACAACUAUUUCAUAUAAUUAGCUCUCUGAUUGCAAAACACAUUGGCGGAAUAUUGGCGAAUAUUGGUUAAAUAUUGGUCUUCUUGAAAAUGCAUUAGCCAAUUAUUUUCCCAAUGUAGAGCUAAUAUUGGUCAUACAAUAUAUGCAAAUAUUGUAUAUCAAUUGCAUUUUAAUAUUGAGUUUAUGUUGGAACGGUAUUGGCCAAGAUUUACCAAUAUAAUUUCAAUAUUGAAUAUUAUUAAGAAUUGCAUUAAAUGCUAAAGUUUAAACAUUUAAAUAUUAAUAGAAGUUUGUCAUUUAUAUUUGCAAAGUAUAUGCGAUUCGGGCAUAAUUCAUAAUGUUUAUCACCAUACGCUGAGCAAGACCUCAGGAAAAAAAAAGAAAAGUGAAAGUGUUAGCGAAACAAAGAAAAGCAAUUUUAAAUGUUUCUAUUGUCAUAAAAAGGGACAUUCGAUAAGAGUGUGUCAGAAAAAAGUGAAAGACGAGAAGAGUGGUGACAAGAAAGAAGAUAAUAAAAUAGAUGCUCUUGUUGUAAAUGCUUUUGUUGUAAAUGCACCUGAUGUGAAUAUUCCUGCUGUAACAGCUGUCGCGGAUAAAGAAAAAGAGUUUAUGAACAAGGACACGAGUGAAAUCUGGAUCGGUGAAUCUGGAUGUUCGCGCUACAUAACUUACAAACGUGAGUGGUUUUCGAAAUUGUCAGCGAGCACGGGCUCCAUCAUUCUCGGUAAUCACAGUGUGUGCGCUAUAAAGGAUGUUGGAACUGUACCUGUUAAAAGUCUAGUAAAUGGUAAAUGGUUAAAUUU